AUGGUACGGCUGCUUCCCUGUACUUUGCGUGGCAGCCACCGAAUGCUUUACUUUUACUUCGCAUCCGCUGCCUAAGUGGUAACGAGAGGGAGAGAGAGGGAGAGGGAGAGAGAGAGAGAGAGAGAGAUGAUGAUGUUUUCUCUCCAUAAUUUCUCGUAGUUUCCGGAGAGAGGUCAGAUUCGGCGAGUUCGCAUUCGGCGGCUCGCCCUUCAAUUUCUAAAUCAUGAGAGAUAUCCUCAUCGGUAUUAUUAUGCUUAAUAGCCUGAAUCUCGCGUGGGCAUGCAUGUGUAGCUCUUUGGAAACCAAUUAACUUGUCUCCUCUUUUGAGAGGCAGGCCAACACGCUGAGGUUGUACUUAACUUGCAUACGGAACACGCUGGAUGCGGCGAUGUGUCUUCAGGUAAAAUUCGGGGAAUCAUUCCUGUCGUGCUCUAUACCCGCCAAUAGGUGGAAUCUCUCCCUUGUUUGGGUGUUAUUAUAUACAACUAGAAUUUUAAAAAUAUAUAUAUACUUAAAGAUGACUGACUGCAUCACUACGCGCCUUCAAUUCUCAUCAUCUAUGGUAAUUUUUUAGAAUUUUCCCUGCCAAGAAGUUGAGCGGCACGAUAAGCCAGAGGUUGAGCUGAAGUAAGUUUCCCAGUAAAUCGGUUUCUAUAUUUUUGGUUAUCCUUUCGUACUUUUACUUCCUAUACACUAAUUUUCAGUCCGUUCCUUCAACAAAGUGGCGCAUGAAGCAUGUCCAAACGUAUUGGCAUUUAGAUUGUAUUACUUGAUUUAUUGUGUGGUACUCAGGGUCAAGUUGGAAAUGUGAAAUUUCCAAUCCCGUCAGUGUUCUAUUUAUGGAUUUUUUGUGUUCAUAAAAUAUCUGAUCGGUAUCCUACCUCUGGACUUUUCAGGACGUGCCCAGAACUUCUGCUAAACCCGGUACGGCCUUCUUUUGUGUUCAGAUAUGACUCUUCCUUUGUGAUCAUCUUAUUAUUUUUUACUCCCAAUGGGCAGGCCUUAAUCUCUACUUAGAACUUGGCUCUUUUAAGCCAAAUAUUUGAGCAGGGAUAGAUUUAUACACUUUUUUUCCGACAUUGUAUUUCCUUUCCACAUUUUAAGCUGGCUCGUUUUUUGAGUUUUUCUGUGCUUGCUGAAAGUGAAAUUGUGUUACCAAGUUGUGCCUACUUUCUGUGAUCCAUUUCUUUAUUUCUACAUCCCCUUCUCCAAAAUCGUAGAACAAACCAGAAUCUUUUUGUGUUUUAUAUUUACUUUUAGAGAGUUUGAAGAAUUUUGAUUCUUUCCUUACAUAGUAUGGUCCUUAAUAUCAGAGAAUAAAAGAGGUGUAUUAUUGUCUUACGUAUCCAUUUAUUAGAGCUUAUGCUAAUUUUUUAUUUGUCUGGGUAAAAAUUCGUUGACAACCUAAACAAGAGGCACAAAAACCAUGUUAGUCUAAAGUGGUAGUCUGGCUGCUUCAUAAAAAUCUCUAUAAAAUAACUUUCUGUACUCGUGUCUGCAUAACAGAAAACUUAGUUUCCCGUGUGAAUUUUAAUCGAUUCGCUGAUGUACACCUAACCAUCAAAUACAUGUGACUGAAGGAGGCAGCUAUCCGUUUAUAUUUGUUUCCUAGGAUAAAGAUUAACUGAUAAACAGUUUUUUUCUCUCUUAUCUCUCCUGGAUCUUUACUCCAGUUCAGUAAGGUGUACGGCAGUCCAAUUAUCAUUCGUUAUACAAGGGAUGUAUUUUGGCCGUACUUAGUACCUUCAGCGAAAUGUGCUACAUGUGCAAAAACCUUUGUCCAAGUCCUGUAACGAGCUCGUAGAUGAAAUGUCUUCAUGCAUAUUAUUUAUUACAUGAAUAAAUCAGACGAUUCACAUAUUAAACUCGGUUCCCAUGUUUUUUCAUUGAUUAAUGUAAGCUAAAUUAACUUCUUUUGCCUUCAGUUUUUUGUUCAUGAUGAUGGUUUCCUAGUAAUUUCGUAACUCAUAGACUGAUGCGAGAUAACACGAUAUUUUUUAUCAUUGAAUAUUAGCUACUAGUCACUGAAUUACGUCCGAACUAGUUUCCAUAUUCAACUUUUUUCGUGAUUGAAGGUUAUAAUAUGCCGAAAUGAGGCCGAAAAGUGCUUGAUAGAGACAUCAAUAAAUUCUCUCCGUGUGAGUAUAAAGGUAGGAUUAACUUUUGCUUGUCCCAGCUUAUUAUGGACUUAUGCUUCAUGAUUCUGUGAAAGGGGUCUUCGCCCUAAAAAUUGGAAUUCUCAAUUGAGCAUAUCUGGCGUUGUAAUAAUAGCUUGUUAACAAUUUCUUCCACCUCAGUUGUUGAAGAAUUUUCAAUCAUAUAUGUAAUCAUAGUCGUCAGAUGCUUGGGCAUUACAUAUCAUUUCUUUUUCUUGUUUUUCCCGACUGUAAUUCAAAAUGGAUUCUUAACUUGAAACUCACGGAAUGUGUUGUGUCAUACUUUUCUGAAGUGAUACUGUACGAGAAAAUAGUGAAAACUAUCAUGUAGCAUGCAUCCUUUUGCGGAAUGCAUUCUGUUUGUUCUAAUAUUUUUGCCUGAGAUUUAUCACACAGGUUAGGCAGGCGGAUGAGCUUGAAGACAUAUUGACUAAAAAGUUCCUUCGGUUUUUAUCCAUGAGAGCUGAAGCAUUCCAAGUUCUAAGGAGAAAGCCUGUACAGGUCACUUUUCUAUCUGUUUAAUCAUUUCCAUACAUAAGUUUGCGACUGGUUUGAUUAUACUUGACUACUAAUGUUUGGUGGUUAGGUCAAUGAAGAAGAUCCGGACCACCCAUUAUAUGAUGACAUUUCUAAUGGACUAGGCGAUCCAAAUAACAACAUGAUUUUAAAUUUUGAAUCACUUUUGCGUUUUUUUCAAGUAGAUAUGUAAAAAGUACGAAAACUAUGAAAAACAUUGUCGGGUGAGGCCUGGUGUUUUCCUUGAGGCCUUUAUCUCCCCUUAAAUAGGGAGGGAACCCUACAAGGUCUUUCUCAAAAUGCCCUCAGGCUUUUACAAUACCCCCCCCACAAUAUGAGAACGAAUUAGAAUAACAUACUUCAGCCAUUUGUCCCCCGCUGCAUUGUUAUUUUUUAUACCAGCAUUGGAUGUAUGUCUUUCAAGAGGACUGAUGGAGAACAUGAUGGUCAAAUGCGAGUGUUGCUUGUUUGAUCAUGUAACCAUGGACGAGCAGGUGGACAACAUCAUCACUUGACAGUAGGGUCACCAAGUUAGAGGCUGGAAAUUGUCCCACGAGUUCAUCAGCCAUGUGUUGCCUAGAUUUAGAGGAUUAAACCAUUCGCCUAGCCAAUAUAUUUAUUUGGGAAUACCUCUAUAAGCUCCGGCUCCGAUAAUCAGUGUUCUUGCUGUGCCCCUGUAUGGUACACUCGAUGUUUCUGAUUCUCUUAUCUCCGUUGUUACUUUAUUUCCAGUUUUGGGGCUUUUUUAGCCUUCGAAAACCUCACCUCAAUGCGUUCCUUUCUAUUUGGUGGCUCAUGUUCAUGAGAAAAGGUAAGCCGGAUAUGGGUCCCUGUGCCCAGAGUGCCAUCUAUUGAUUUUUGAAAACCUGAACGGAUUGCACCAACGCAGACACAGACUUGCUCUUAACCAGUGGGUUUCCUAAGUUCAAAGAUUUGGAUAACUGGAUCACAAUCCUAAAUGCAUUCGUCUCUUUGUUUAUGACGAAACUUGGAAAUCUUUUUUUCUGAUAUUGAAUUGAAAACUGAUAGUCUAUUUACGACAAUUUUGAAUGGUGUUGAAUUUGUUUUUUUUUUCAGGGCUAUGAUAUUAGUUUUCUCAUCACAAACUACCAUUGUGAGGACAUGCAGAAACAUAAGCUUAUUGAUUUUAUUGUGCAAUUUAUGGAGGUUAGUCUUUCCUUCUGGCCCUGUUACUUGCUUAAUUUUCUAUUUAGUAGGAUGAAGUUCCACUGGUAAUGUCUUGUUGUUACGCCGUUAUUUAAUUCAAUAAUCGAUGAAUCUAAAUUGCCAAAAUUCUGUGCACAGACUUAUUUAUUUAUAUACCCACGCGGAUCAGAAUUGCUGAUAAAUCUUAUACUAUUCUUUUUCGAAAAUUUCAGUUUCCUAGGUGGUAUUUUUCAUGUUUAAAAAUGGUAAUAAGUAGUAAUAAAAUAUUAAAAUAAGCUUCAGGGCACGGACCAACGGAAAAUGCUCACAUAGGACGAUGUUGAAAGUAGUUUGAUGAUAUUACUGAGGGCGAUUACGUAGAAGUCUGAGAAAUCAAGUUAUAUAUAAAUUUCAGCUAAGGCAAGAAAAAAAUUCGCACGAUGUAGUCAUCUGGGGAGAAGGAAACGCUCUGGCACUCUACCCAUGGCAGGUAUAGUCAAGUUAUAUUGGACCAUGACGCUGUUGAAGAUAAUACUUCAUCCUUUCUCGAAGUAGAUCGAAUGGUAGGAAGUGAUUACCAAGAGACAUGGAUAUCUUCCUUGGAUGGAAUUUGCAUCAUCUACUUACAGAGGAAGAUACGAUCAAUGCAUCUUCUAUCCAAAAAUAGAAACCUCUAAUGGCAACUUGCUCUCCUGUGUCUGCAAGCAUCUGACACAAAUAUCCGACCCUUUGACUAACAAGGUCAACUGAGGGAGAUGGUUGAUGCUCCUCCCAGCUUGCGGAUUGUCUGUUUGGUGAAUGAGGCCCCGUACAAGAACUCGGCAGUCUCUGGGGACAGCCUACUGAGGGAGAAUACUCUCUCAUUAUCCAAGUAUCGUUCUUUCUAUUAUUUCAAUAAACCGUAUCACUCAGUGAUAAUAUCCUCGGCUUGCUCUAUCCCCAUUAUUUCAUGUCUAAUGCAUCUUGCGCCGCAGGACAUCGAGAAGGAGAUCAGUGAGCUGAAAAUGUCAAUGAGCACAAGAGGGCGGCUUGUGGCCACAGAAUUCUUGAAGCAAUUCGUCUGA